AUGCCACUGCUGAGAAGAGCUAGUAGACAAGGCAACAGAGGGGGAAAGACUGGCGGCGGUGGCAGCGGAGGGAAGGUGAAGCCAGUCAAGCUCCCAGAGACCCUGAGAGUCACGGUGUCGGGGGCCAGCACCAAGGAGAGCACCAGUGUGACGGACAAGCGGUUUUUCUGUACUGUCACUGUUGACAGGCUUGGCUCUGAUCAACGUUGGUGGUUCGCUUCGUGUGCCACGUGCCUCAAGUCUGCUAAAUAUACUGGCUAUCAGUAUAGAUGCUCUGACGAUGCUUGCUCCUCUGUUGAGGCCGACUUAACGUACUGUAUUUCUGUCUUUGCAUCUGAUGGCACCGCGGAAACUGAAUUUGUGUUGUUUGACAAGGUCGCAUCGGGUGCUGUAGGAAAACCAUUAAUUGCUAUACUUCAUCAAAGGUAUCCCGGAUAUGCUGCCGUGGACAAGAUGGCCAAACUUGUGAGGCAUGACGUUACUAUUCCACCACAGAUAACUCAGCUCAUCGGGCAGAAGUAUAAGCUCAUGGUCUCCAUAUCAAAAAAAUGGAAGCUCAAAAAUGGCGAGGAUUUGUCAUUCCAGGUCAAUAGAAUUGCAGAAACCUACAAACCUGAGUUGCCUCCCUCUGUCAGUGCUGUUGCUUCUGGAUCUGGCAAGGAUGCAUUGGUCAACAAUGUUUGUGGUGAACAACUCCCUGUCUUGGGACCGGCUAUAUCGUCUGGACCAAACACACCUCCUCCCACGGGUUUUCUACCUGGUUCUCCUGCAGCUCAGGCACACACACAUGCUUCUAUUGGCAAAAUCACCCCCUCAACUCCAUCUCCACGGUACUGCUCUGUUGCCCCGAAGCGUGGCGCAAGGCGCUCUUUGUUUGGUAAAUCUUUGAAAGGAAAGUCUGACGUCAUGCUAGGCGAUGCUACUACAUCUGCCCAGGAUGGCGUGGAAGCUGUGGUGGAUGAUUCUUCCAUGACUGUUGAAGAGAAAGAUGUUGAUGCGGUACCCAUUAGGCCCAAAAGGUCCCCGUCCGGUAGCAAGGGUCUGGGCCACCAAAGAAACAACAGAAGUAAUGCCCUUUCUGCAGUGCUUGCAGAUGUCGUUUGUAAAUAAGGUUCAGUUCCGUUCAUCCUUGUCUUCCUGUAUGAUUCUUGUUAUGAGCUUAGCUCACAAGAAACAGGUGAAGGGUUCCUAGAUAGUUCACUGCUGCUUGCCGCCUCGACAUUCGCGGGUGUUCGGCUUGCCUUCCUCCGUGCUUCAUCGAGCUACUAAGGCGGCUUUGACUUUUGCAUCUAUGGGUCUCGUCUUACGCUGUCUGCGUGAUGUGAUGACCUUGCCGUUUGCCCACUCUGUGUUGUUGGAUGUAUCUUUAAUGCUGCAGCAUAGAUCACCUACGAUUGUUGCUUAGAUGCACAUGUGAUGGGUAUUUUGUGUGACCAUAUGCUUGUCCAGAAGCAAGCUUUUAUAAGUACAAACUAAUAACAGUAGGAAAAGAACCUGCUAGACCGGUGUCAGCACAAUCUGAUGAUUGACCUGUAAACUUCAUUUCUCUGUUUGCAUGCCAUGGACUAUUGGUGAAUACUUGGAUCUAUCUAUUUAAGCUUAUGUAUCUAUCGUGAAUUUCUACUUGCUAUUGUUACUGGCAAGGCUAUAAUAUAGCCUCAAGUUUCAUA